UAUAUAAUUCAGAUAAAACCAUGGGCAAUGGUAAAUUAUCCAAAUCCAGCACAAAUCUAUCAAUAUCCACCACCAACAUCAAUGAAACUAGUCAACUGGAAUAUAAUCGUAUAACACCGCUGCCAGCAGCCACAACAAAUGCUCCGUUCGAGCAGACAUUUCGUAUAACCGUACUACUGCCAAAAGAUCAGCUAUAUGUAACGCGUCUGGGAGCGAGAGUGCCAUUGAGUAAACUCUUGGAAUUGGUAUGCGAUAAUAAGUUAUUAGAUGCAGAAAAAUAUGAAUUUCGUAAUCCGGUUGAUCCUAGUCAAGUCUACAGUUGUGAUUUAACCAUUGGUGCUGUGGGCCUAUCCGAAAUACGUUUAUGUCACAAAACCGAGUCAUAUGAUAAUUUUAAUAGCGAUGAAAUUAUCAAACUGCAUCGUACUUCGUUGAUUAGAGAAUCUUUAUCUUCGUCCGAAUUUAGCAGUCGCAAUUCGAAACACACCACAAAAACCACUAGUCCUUAUAGUUCAACAAAUUCUUUGAAUUCUAUGGAUUCGUCGGCUUUAAGUUAUGGCCGUACACCCAAAUUACCUUCGAGCACACAACCAAAAAUGUCGGCACCACCACGCAAAAAGCGUGCAGCCCCUAGACCACCAAGUCAAAUAGCCAUACCCGAGAAAUCGGCUUUAAUUAUGGAGAAUGGUGAGAGUAAAAAGACACCAACACCGACCACACCUUUGUCAACCAAAGACUUUUCGGUUUCCACUCCGAAUUUAACCACCUCCACCAUGCUGAUGAGCGAUAUUAAUGGCAACGACUGUAAUGGCCAUUUGAAGGAUUACAAUGAGCAGAGUAGUGGUAAUGGUUCUUUAAAUUCCAAUGGUUAUGCUGAGGAUACGGUAUUGUAUGCUCAGAUCCAAAAGAAAAAUGCUUUAAAUCGUAAUAGCCAAAGUAAACAGGAUGUUAGUGAUUUGGGGGAAGCAAAUAGUAAGUUUCCCGAACCUUCUCCUAGGAAAAGAAUAGUACAGAUUAAAAAGAAGACAGCAGCGCCUCCAGCACCACCACCACGUAGCUCUCUGUAUCAGGAGGAUGCGAUUUCUAUAGCUUCUACUAAUGUUUCCAAUACAUCUACACCCACCACACCAGUGGGUUUGUGUAAGUCUCUGGAUAGUUUCUUAGAUCAAGAAGAGGAACAGGAACAAAAACCCAAACCUUUAGAGCAUGGAGAGUCGGUGAAUGGGGACAACAUUCCCAAACCGGUGCCCAGAAUAACCACCAGCACUACACUCUUAAAUGCCACAGAUAUCGAGCAUGAUCUAAAGAGUUUCGAAAGCGAUGGCGAGGUCAAAUCCAAGCCUAAUAUAUCCAAAGUUUUACUCAAUCGCACACCCACCCCAGAGCCAAGGUCUUUAUCCUGCGAACCGCCCGAAUUGGAACAUUGCUAUGAACAUUUCAAACAGCAAAGAACCGAUGAUGAUUGUGUUUCCAAACAGGCAGAUUCGGGCAUAGGAGAACCCGUACCCUCUCCAACACCCGACAUUUUACCCACCAAUGUUUCUACUCUGGAUGUUAAAUCCAAUUUUGAAUCGUCUUCCGAUGAUGAUGAUAUGGUCAAGGUAUAUAACUUCAAAUUGGGCAAGACCUUGGUAAAACCGGUAAGUGAAACUAAGACAUUGGAAGAAUUGACCGUCAUGAAUAAUGCUGCAGAAGAAGAGACAGAUAGUGAGCUGGGGACGCCCUUAACAUUGACCCAAGUGCCCACGCCUAAUACUUUAUCGGAGACCUCGUCUUGGAACUUUACAGCCCCGAUAUCACCACCACCCAAUUUUGCAGAUAACAAAUUUAUGGAUCCCCUAGAAAUGGACUCUAAACCGGAUGCCCCUAUAACACCUAAAAUAUUGGAAAGACCCGUGCUAGAUUUUGAGGAAUUGAAAAGGGAGCAAGAGCAACAGGAUUUAAAAGAAAUCAAAGAAAUUAAAGAAGAAACACCCAGCAAAACUCCCACUACUCCUUUGGACAGUUUAGUGGAUGAAUUGUCGAGUAUUAUACAAGAAAAAGGAGUAGAUUCUUUGAUGAAAAAAACCGAGAAUUUAACCGAAAUUGAGGCAGCAAAGCCCAAUACUUUGAGCAACUUUUCCAUCAAUUCAAUAAAUCAAACUAAUGCCGGCAAACCCAAAGAAGUAGUAACUGAUCAGCCAAAAGAAGUACUUAUAGUGAAUACAAAUGUGGGUAAUACAGAAACCGAUUUUGUUAAGUCCUCCUCCCCCCUAAGCUCUCCCUCCUCCAGCCCGGAGGAGGAGAAACUCUAUCGCAAACGCAGCAGUGUUACUAGCCUAAAACAAAGAAGAUCUGUAACACGUUCCGAUUCUUUUCACACCACUGCUGCUGGACCCAAUGAAAAUUUGGGCUUAAAUAAACGUACAUCUUCCCAGCUAUCGCUGGAUCAAAUGGCUGGCCAUUUAAAUCGUAGACGUUCCUCUAGUGAGCUAAGCAUAGGAGAGUCUCCUUCGUUGCAAAGUUUGGAGGUCAUAAAAACUAUUUUGAAUUCACGUAAAAACAGUUUGGCAAAUAGUGCUGGAGAGGAAGAGCAACCUAUGGAGGUUAGUGCUCGAAGACCCUCGGAAGAAUUGAAAUUUGCCAGUUUGGAAUUGAAAACUUCAAAGUCCUUAGAAAUAGCUGAUAACAAGGAAGUGUUAGUAAAGGAGGAGGGUGAGGAGCAGGAGGUUAAGGUAGUGGAAGAACCCGCUAACGAGGAGAAACCCAAAGAAUUACCCAAAGUUUAUCGCUAUUCCGGACCACCCAGCAUUAACUUUUCUACCUGGAGUGAAAGACCCAAAAGUCAAGUGGCCAUUAAAAAUGAGGGAGAUUAUAUAUUCGGAGGAGCCCAGACAGCAAAUAAAAAUCAACGUUUUUCAACUCCUGCUAACAACAACGAGCCACCACCAGUGGCCCCCAAACCAGCCACCAUACAACGCAUGGGUAUUCCAGAAAAGGACUACAAGGUUCCAGUUUUGGUAAAACCUUUGCAGGAUGUUAUUGUAGAUAGUGUAGCUGUAAAGGAGGUAACGAACAACAAUAGCCAAAUUAAACAAGAAACCUUAAACCAAAGUCAAACGCUCCCCCUAAAGUCCCCCCUAGAAACUGUACCAAAACCCUCCACACAAAUCAAAACUCCUCCCAAACCCUCUGUGGAAACAGUGCUAAGACAAACUUCACAAGUUAUAGUUAACACUAGCAUCAACUCUCUGCCGCGACAAACACAAAGACCAACCGUAGAAUCGGUUUUACGACCCCAGACCCAGACUAUAGUUAAUACCAGCACUUUACCCAGAGUUAAUAAACAAAGAUUUUCCACACCCUCGGCCAAUACAACAAAAAUACAAAUAUUACGCUCUAGUUCGAUAAAACAAACACAAGAAAAUGAGAACACCAAACCAGGACCACAAAUUUUACGCUCCUCCUCCAUAAAACAGCAAAAGGAAGAUGAUGUUACUGUCACAACAGCUCCUUUUGGUCAAAAUACUUUAAGACGUACCGGUUUUAAGGAGAAAAUCCUGGCCCAAGAAGAACCAAAAGCUAAAGAGCAACAACAAAACAAUAACUCCCCAACAACUACUUCACCCCCACAACAAAAAUUGCUAGCCAAUGGUGAUCUAAAGCUUAAUAACCAAAAAUUCCCGAACAACAAUAACAACAACAAUUCCAUAACAAGUGCCAAAUUACAUUUAAAUCUAAAGAAGACCAACAGCUCCUUUAUCUCCUCUAAUCAAGUAUCUAAAACUGCUUCACCCUCUUCUUCACAUAACUUUAUAACACCUGCCUUAAAACCCAAACCUUUGACGCCCAAAACUGCUCCCGUCUUAAGCUCUGGCAGCUCACUUACUUUGACUACAACGGGCAGCACUACAACACCACCACCACCUCCUCCAGCACCAGCCAUGCCCGCCAUGAGUGUCCAACUAAGACCGGUAACAAAAGUAAGUUCACCAACUGAGUCCAACGAUCCGCGCGAUGCUUUAUUGACGGCUAUAAGGAAUUUUAAUAAAGAAGGUUUAAAAAAAGCUUAAAAGCUUAAGAAAACUUAAAACUUUUCAAGUCAUAACACUUGAAAGACAACAAAGCUUUAGGUUUAUAUAGUAGUACGUGGCAAAAUGAAGCACAAAUAAAAGCUUUUAAAUUAUUUAAACGAAAAAAAGAAAACUUUAAGCACAAAGCUUGUUAAAAAGAAAAUUAAAAGAGAGAGAGAGAGAGUGUGUGUGUGUGUGUAAUAGAAACAAGUUCAAUAGAGCUUUUAAAAUAUAAACACUUUUAUAUAUUGAUGUUAAAUUGGAAAUCAAAAAAAGCUUUUAAAAAGCUUUAAAUAUAUAAUAAAACUAAAAGCUCAAAAGCUUUUGGCUAAAACAGAAAAAGUUUUAUAAAGUUGUUAUAUUUUAUUAUAAAAACAAUAAAAAGCUUUAAAAUAUUUAUUUAAAUCUUAUAAAACUUAAAGCUUUAAAGCUUUUACGAGAGGAUAUAAACAAAAACUAAGUUUUUCAAGAAAAAAUGUUUAAUCAGAAGCGUUUAAAAAGGAAUUUCGUCAAUAAAUUUCUAAAAACAAAAAAAAAAAACAGAAAAUUUUUGCAUUUCCCCAACCAAAGUUGCCACAUGUUUUUUCAAAAACUCGAAAAAUUAAAGAAAAAUGUAAAUUAUUUAAAAUUCAACCAAAAUUAAGCUCAAAAUCUUUAAUUUUUUAAAGAUUUCAAGUUCCCCAAACAUUUUGCCCUCUAAAUUUGUUCCCAUGAAUUCCCAAAAUGUUAUUGAAAAAUACAAAAAAAAGUGGUUUAGGAUUAAAAAAUAUUUUUAAAUAUUAAAAUUUUAUGCAUUAACCCAAAUUUUUACAAGUUCCCUUGAAGAUUUAACAAAAAUACCAAAGUGGGCAUUUUUAUUUGAAAUUUAGGAAUUUUAAAAAUUUCAUUUUUGUUUCAAAAAUCCAAUCUAUAAAGUUUAAUUAAGCUAAAUUUGUGAUUAUCUUAAAUUCCCAGAAAGUUUAGACAAAUCCCAAUAAGGAGAUUUUCUUAAAAAUUUUGGGAAUUUGAAAAAUUUUCUUUGUAAAUGAAAACUAAGAUCGAUAUUUAACAUGUUAAAGUCAAAAUUUUAAAAUUUAUGCUGUUUUAAGAAUCCCGCACAGGGGAUUUUUGCUUUCUAUUUUGGGAAUUUAAAAAAUGUUAUGUUUAAAAGAAUAUUUCGCUAAAUUCUAUUAAUAUUUUAAAAGAAAAUUUGCAAUUUAAGCAAUUUUUCAAAUCCCGUACAGGAGAUUAUUGCUUUCUGUUUUAGGAAUUCAAAAAAUUUAAUGUUUAAAAUAAUAUUUUGCUAAAUUCUAUUAAUAUUUUUCAAAAAAUUUUGAAAAUCUGGAAAUUUUUCAAAUCCCGUGUAGGGGAUUUUAUGUUUAAAUUUGGGGAAUUUAAAAAAAAAUAGUUUUUAAAGGGAAAUUUUAACAAAUUUUUAUAAGAUUUAAGAAGAAAUAUCAAAUCUCUUUACAUUUUGGGUAAAAGUUUUGUAACAGCAGAUUCAAAACUCUAGCGCUCACUCCCUCUCUCUCUC